AUGUCAGGGAAGGUCAAGCUCAGUCCCACGAAAUUCACACAGGCGUUCCGUGUCACGAGUGCGACAGAAGGCAGAGUCGACUUCGAGCUUGACAUCCAAAAAGAACACACCAACCGUCUUCAGACAAUUCAUGGUGGCACACUUGCCAGUCUCGUUGACCUCGGUGGUUCUCUCGCGGUCGCCUCAUCAGGCCGCUUCGCAACAGGCGUGUCAACCGAUCUGAACGUGACAUAUUUGAGCCCCGGAGGCCGCCCGGGAGACCUUCUCAAGGGCACUGCCACACUCGACAAGAUUGGCAAGACGCUGGCUUUUACGCAGGUGACGUUCACCAAUAGCAAGGGCCAAUUGGCUGCGCGAGGAAGCCAUACAAAAUACGUUACGGGUACUAUGGGUGAAGAUGGCCCAUUUGUUGCUCCAGCUGAGUUCUCAGACGUGGACUAG